GGCGCCCGCGCUCCUCACGCGGAGUUGGGCAGCCGAGAAAUCGGUUUUGUUCUGCUUCGCGAAGACGAAUGGCUGGCUCGGGAGCAUAACUCACCCCGCCCUUUGGAUCCCAGCUCGGUUCCCUUCUGGCACCUUGGGAUCCGUGGUGACCAUGCUGUGAUGAGCGCCCAGGGAGGGACAGGUCGCCUGCACCACCCGGGUCUCCCUGCGUCUUGGACAUGACUGAGCUUCUUCAGUGGGCCAGACAUCACUGGCAUCGGCUGAUGAAUGGGAGAACCCAGCAUGAAGACGAGAGGCCAUACAGCUAUUCCUCACUGCUCGUCUGUGGGGGAAAGUCCUCCCCAACCCCCAAACCAGCAGGAAAGCAUCGUGUCGUUAUCCCUCACCUUCCAUGCUUCAAAGAUGAGUAUGAAAGGUUUUCUGGAACCUACAUGAAUAACCGGAUACGGACAACCAAGUACACGCUUCUGAAUUUCGUGCCGAGAAACUUGUUUGAGCAGUUUCACAGGGCUGCCAAUUUAUACUUCCUGUUCCUUGUGGUCCUGAACUGGGUGCCUUUGGUGGAAGCCUUCCAAAAGGAAAUCACGAUGCUGCCGCUGGUGGUGGUCCUCACAAUCAUUGCAAUUAAGGAUGGCUUGGAGGACUACCGGAAAUACAAAAUCGAUAAGCAGAUCAACAAUUUAAUAACCAAAGUUUACAGUAGGAAAGAGAGAAAGUACAUGGACUGUUGCUGGAAAAACGUCACUGUGGGGGACUUCAUUCGCCUCUCGUGUAACGAGAUCAUCCCUGCAGACAUGGUCUUACUCUUUUCCACAGACCCUGAUGGCAUCUGUCACAUCGAGACUUCUGGCCUUGACGGAGAGAGCAACUUAAAGCAGCGGCAGGUGGUGCGUGGGUAUGCGGAGCAGGACUCUGAAGUUGAUCCUGAGAAGUUUUCCAGUAGGAUAGAAUGUGAAAGUCCAAACAAUGACCUCAGCAGAUUCCGAGGCUUUCUAGAACACUCCAACAAAGAACGGGUGGGCCUCAGCAAAGAGAAUUUAUUGCUAAGAGGAUGUACCAUUCGGAACACAGAGGCCGUUGUGGGCAUCGUGGUCUAUGCAGGACAUGAGACCAAAGCAAUGCUGAACAACAGUGGUCCACGGUAUAAGCGUAGUAAAUUAGAGAGAAGAGCCAAUACAGAUGUCCUCUGGUGUGUCCUGCUUCUCAUCGUAAUGUGCUUAACUGGUGCCCUUGGUCACGGAGUAUGGCUGAGCAGGUAUGAAAACACGCUCUUCUUUAACAUCCCCGAGCCGGAUGGGCGUGUCGUGUCACCUGUGUUGACGGGAUUCUACGUGUUCUGGACCAUGAUCAUCUUGCUGCAGGUCUUGAUUCCCAUUUCCCUCUAUGUGUCCAUUGAAAUCGUGAAGCUGGGACAGAUCUAUUUUAUUCAAAGCGAUGUAGACUUCUACAAUGAGAAAAUGGAUUCUACCAUUCAGUGCCGAGCUCUGAACAUCACGGAGGAUCUUGGGCAGAUCCAGUAUCUCUUCUCUGAUAAGACAGGAACACUCACUGAAAAUAAGAUGGUUUUUCGAAGGUGUAGUGUAGCAGGAUUUGACUACUGCCACGAAGAAAAUGCCAAGAGGCUCGAGUCCUACCAGGAAGCUGGCUUUGAAGAGGACGAAUGCGCAGACACUCUGAGUGGCUCCAUCAGCAACAUGGCAAAGCCCAGAGCCCAGGGCUGCAGGACAGUUCCCAGGGGGCCUUUGGGAAGCAAGCCUUCAACCCAUCUGUCCGGGAGUGCUACUGCCCUAGGAAGCGGAGAAGGAUCUGGGGAAGUGCCUCAUUCCAGACAGGCUGCCUUCAGUAGCCCUAUUGAAACAGACGUGGUGCCAGAUACCAGACUUCUGGACAAGUUUAGCCAGAUUACCCCUCAGCUCUUCACCCCACUGGAUGGUACCACACAGAGUCCACCCCUGGAGAUUUUAUACAUCCUAGACUUCUUCAUCGCUUUGGCAAUUUGUAACACGGUAGUGGUUUCUGCUCCUAACCAGCCUCGGCAAAAGAUUGGGCUCUCCUCACUGACUGGAAUGCCCAUCAAAUCUUUGGAAGAGAUUAAAAACAUCUUCCAGAAGUUGUCUGUCCGGAGAUCAAGUUCACCAUCUCUUGCCGGUGGGAAAGACCCGACAUCUGGGACUCCUUCUGCCUUUGUGAGCAGAAUCUCUUUUUUUAAUCGAACAAAACUGUCACCUCCUAUGGAGGAUGAGUCUUCCCGGAUGGGUGAAAGCUCCCAGGCCAGUAAUUCAUCAUGCUCUACAGAAACUGAGGCACGAAACAGUGCCGCUGGCUCGGCUGAAGCCCUAGCUGGGCCACCGCCCUCGGCCUCCAACCUGUGCUAUGAAGCUGAGAGCCCAGAUGAAGCAGCCUUGGUGUACGCCGCCAGGGCUUACCGUUGCACUUUACAGUCUCGGACCCCAGAGCAGGUCACGGUGGACUUCGCUGCUUUGGGCUCAUUAACAUUUCAACUCUUACACAUCCUGCCCUUUGACUCGGUAAGGAAAAGAAUGUCAGUGGUGGUCCGGCAUCCUCUUUCCAAAGAAGUCGUGGUGUAUACAAAGGGCGCCGAUUCUGCGAUCAUGGAGCUGCUGUCAGUGGCUGCCCCAGAUGGAACAGACCUGGAAAAACAACAGAUGAUAAUAAGGGAGAGGACGCAGAGCCACCUGGAUGAGUACGCCAAACGGGGGCUGCGUACCUUGUGUAUCGCUAAGAAGGUUAUGAGUGACCCUGAAUAUACAGAGUGGCUGAGGGAUCACUUUUUAGCUGAAACCAGCAUCGACAACAGGGAGGAACUGCUAGUUGAAUCUGCCAUGCGACUGGAGACCAAACUCACGUUACUCGGUGCUACCGGCAUUGAAGACCGUCUGCAGGAGGGAGUCCCCGAGACGAUAGAAGCCCUUCACAAAGCUGGCGUCAAGAUCUGGAUGCUGACAGGGGACAAGCAGGAGACAGCUGUCAACAUAGCUUAUGCAUGCAAACUCCUGGAGCCAGAUGACAAGCUCUUCAUCCUCAAUACGCAGAGUAAAGGUGCCUGUGAGAUGCUGAUGAGUGCAAUUUUGAAAGAACUUCAGAAGAGAACUCAAGCCUCUCCUGAGCCAGCCUCACUAGGAAAGGACUCCCAUCAUCUUCCCGACCCCCAGCGCUCUGGAAGGGCUGGACUUGUUAUCACUGGGAAGACCCUGGAGUUUGCCCUGCAGGAGAGUGUGCAAAGGCAGUUCCUGGAGCUGACCUCACGGUGCCAAGCUGUGGUCUGCUGCCGAGCCACACCCCUUCAAAAGAGUGAGGUGGUGAAACUUGUUCGUAACCAUCUUCACGUGAUGACCCUGGCCAUUGGUGAUGGUGCCAAUGAUGUUAGCAUGAUACAAGUGGCCGACAUCGGGAUAGGCGUCUCAGGUCAAGAAGGCAUGCAGGCUGUGAUGGCCAGUGACUUUGCCAUCUCUCAGUUCAGACAUCUCAGCAAGCUCCUUCUUGUGCAUGGGCACUGGUGUUACACACGACUCUCCAACAUGAUUCUCUAUUUUUUCUACAAGAAUGUGGCCUAUGUGAACCUCCUUUUCUGGUACCAAUUCUUCUGUGGGUUUUCAGGAACAUCUAUGACAGACUAUUGGGUUCUGAUCUUCUUCAACCUGCUCUUCACCUCUGUCCCCCCCAUCAUAUAUGGCGUGUUGGAGAAAGACGUAUCCGCGGAGACCCUCCUGCAGCUGCCGGAACUUUACCAGAGCGGUCAGCGGUCAGAGGCAUACGUACCUCUCACGUUCUGGAUCACCUUGCUGGAUGCCUUCUAUCAAAGUCUGGUCUGCUUUUUUGUGCCUUACUUUACCUAUCGGGGCUCUGACAUUGACAUCUUUACGUUUGGGAAUCCCCUGAACACAUCAGCUCUGUUCAUCAUUCUCCUCCAUCUGGUGAUUGAAAGCAAGAGUUUGACUUGGAUCCACAUGCUGGUCAUGGUUGGGAGCAUCUUGUCCUACUUUUUCUUUGCCUUGGCUUUCGGAGCCUUGUGUGUGACUUGUAACCCACCAUCCAACCCCUACUGGAUUAUGCAGAAGCACAUGCUGGACCCAGUGUUCUACUUAGUUUGUGCUCUUACAACCUGCGUAGCUCUUCUGCCCAGGUUUCUAUACCGAGUUCUUCAGGGAUCCGUGUUUCCAUCUCCCAUUCUGAGAGCCAAGUGCUUUGACAGACUAGCUCCAGAGGAGAGGGCGGAAGCUCUCAAGAAGUGGGCAGGGACUGCAAAGACCAAUCAAGUGGCAUCCAAGUAUGCCACCCCACCAGCUGCCGAGUCAGGGAGACCUGCGCCUGGUCCUUCUGCUGCCCUUGCCAUGAAGCCAGCAACAGCAUGUGCCAUUGAGCCAGAAAACUUCCCUACAUGUGAGACUGUGCUAGAUCUUGGCUACUCUGAACCAGGUGCCUCAAAGAUGACUGAACCCUCAGCUUGUUAAAAACACAGGAUAUCCUGCUUAGCGUUGCACGUGAUCUUUCAAGUUUUGAAGAAUUCAGAAGUGAGGAUUGCUUGUGUUUCAGUACAAGGGAUAUCAACAUUUUGUUCAGUGUGGAAAAAACCAACACCAUGUCUUGCAGCUGUAUACCGGUGUGCACAUUUGUAAACAGGGAAUCAUGUUUGACCUGAGCAGAGUUCAGGGAAGUGGAAUAUUUAAUUCAGGAUCAUAUGUUGUUUUUAUGAAACUUUUUAGAUUUUGUAAAGGAAUUUCAAUUGUCUUAUAAAUGCAAUCAUUAUCAAAGGGAAUUCAUUUGAAAUGUAUUUAUUUUAGAGGUAAGGCUCAUGUAUUUGGAAAAUGAUUGAAGUGAGAUCCUACCUGAAUUUUAAUUUAAGGGGGAAAAAAGUACUUUUAAACCUGGCUCAUUAUAGCAGGACACUUUAACCAGCCCUUGAGAGGUAGAGGCAGGUCAAUCUCUGAGUUCAAGGCCAGCCUGCUCUACAAAGUGAGUUGCAGGAUGGCCAAGGCUGUUACACAGAGAAACUCUGUCACAAAAAAAAAAAAAAANAAAAAAAAAAAAAAAAAAAAAAAAAAAAAAAAAAAAAAAAAAAAAAAAAAAAAAAAAAAAAAAAAAAAAAAAACCAAACAAGCAAAAAACCUGCUUUAUUAGGAAAACUCAUUAAUUUAAAGACAAAUCCCCAUGAACCUUUUGUUUCCUGUGAGAAGCCUUUGGUCCCUGACUAAAGGUGUUUAGUGCACACACACACACACACACACACACACACACACACGGCAUGUCUACUCAUUUCAGCAUUGUGCUGAAGCAGAGCCUUCAUAGGGAAGGAAAAGAAGAGGGCCAGUGUUUCCGGCAGCACCGGCUGCCUUCUGCUCUCUUCGCUGUUAAGAGAGGACAUAGGAGCGCUCCAUAUGCAGGUGCUGUCCAUCAGGACACAGACAAAUAGGUCAGGAAACACAAUCAGCUGAGCCUACAGACCGUGAGCAACUUCCCGCGUUCAGAAGCGGAUGAUACCCACACCAACAUGAGACAAUCAGCUCCCAAGCAGUCUGCCAGAAACUAUCUGAGAGUUCAUAGCUGUUACCGCGCCCAACAACUGUCUGCAUGUAACCUCCACAGAAGGUGACGUGGGACAAGACUGAUACAAGCCGCACUCAGUGGGAAUCCCAAAGCUCUCGGAGAAAGUAACAUAUUUAAGGGUAGAAAUGUCUGUAGCACGUUUUUCUGCUGAGACAAAUCAUGGACACCGGCUUUACUUAGUGCCUCGAGACUAGUUUACACCAGAGUCAAUUUGCCACUGCAAAUCUGGUUGUUGAAGACUUUCAAAACCUCUGUAUCUGUCUGAAAGCUGUCGCCUUUCAUGUGGAGUUCCCUCCAUGAAUCGCUAUGCUAAAAGUCAAUGUCUAGAGCAAAGUCUUAUAAACUGUUAUUCUCAGGGCCUAGCGUUGCCUGCCUGUACUGUCCAAGUGACUUUCUGUACCCUCCUGUUAUUGUUAAAUGGCCUUUUUAAAUAGACUCAUUUUUGCAACCAUGACAAUAUCACGUGACUACAGGAAGUUGCCUUCUGCUUCCCUAAGAUUUUUUAAAUAAAUUAUUUAAUAAAUAAUAGUCA